CGAUUGAUAUUGUUGCAAUCUUUUCCAUGAUUUUAUACAAGAGAUUUCACUGGGAAUUCGCGAAGAUUUCCCUUUUCUAUAAAGUGAAAAAUGAGAAUAUGUGUCAUGGGAGUUCAACUACUGCACAARAAGAAGAAGAAAUCUAGAGCAAAAGGAGAACCAUCUUCAAUUCCAAGAAAACCUUUUUUGAAAAAGUGCACGAUGGAAAAAACACCGAGGGCUACGUCGUCACUUUCGUCCAAAGAUGAAAAUAAUUCGACACUACAAACAGAGAAUACAGAGUACAAUGAAACAAGCUCUUUGAGCAGUUGUAUUACUGAAUUUGAGACUUUUGCAGAUGAAGUGAAAGAUGGGGUUCCAGAGGUUGAUUUCAGAGGUCGUGUUAACAGGGAGAGGUCUAAGUCUGCCGAUGACACAAGAGAUGAUAUAUCUGUUGAGUGCUCAUCUCAGCUGUCUGUGAGAUCAGAAAAGCAUUCAGGCUUCAUUAGGACUCUUCUCUCUUCUCGCACUCCUUAUGAUGAAUUCCACAGACUCUUUAAAAAUGUUCCAAAAGAUCAAUUCCCUAUUAACGAUUUCUCUUGUGCCUUAAGCCGUGAUAUCCUACUACAAGGUCGUCUUUAUAUUAGUCAAGGAUGGUUUUGCUUCUAUUCGAAUAUCUUUGGCUGGGAAACACAAGUUACUAUUGACUGUAGUAAAAUACAAUCAAUAACAAGAGAGAAAACUGCUUAUGUUGUACCUAAUGCUAUUCUAAUAUCUACUUUUGAUGAUAAGCAUUUUUUCUCAUCUUUUCUAUCACGAGAGAGUGUAUACAAACUACUUAUUCAGGUCUGGGAAGAUGUAGUGGCUAAAACACAAGAACCAUCAGAAGAAGACUUGCUAGAUAAUUUACCAUUCCACGAAUUAGAUGAAGAACUCGACAACAAUAACAUCGACAUUGCUGACACUAGUUUUGAUGGUAUCGAGCCAAUUGGUUAUGCUGUCAAUGAGAACAAAUUCAGCUCAGACAGUGGUUUUUAUGACUGCCAAGCACCAGGGAUUUUAUCAGCAGACCUCGAAACAGAUCCCCAAAGCAUGAUGUCAUUUGAUCCAACUCUAGAGGAAGAGAUCAACCACAGUUCAUCUAAGUUGCCGUCAUGGGCCAAAAUAGCUUUGUGUGCUGCGUCAAUAGCAGAGAUGACAUUCUCUUAUUUCCAAGUAACAUACCAACUUCUACGAAGACUUUCAAAACAGCAACUAUUCAUCUUAUUCACGUCAAUAAUAAUUAUCACCUUAAUGUGCUGUAGUGCUUUUCUAUUAUACCGUCUGGCUGUGUUGGAGCCAUUAGUCUUUACAAAACCUCCCAUUAGUAAAGCCUAUGUCAGUCAGAAGUCUGUACAUCAAAUCUUAAAAUUAAGAAAAGAAGUUUAUGAUGCAGAAGUAAUGAGAGUUCAGAAAAUAGUAUCAGCUAAUCUAGAAGCAAUUUCACAGAUAAGUGAAACACUUAAGAUGCUCCAAGAAGACUUAGCAAACCAACUUCAUCGAAACUGCACAGUGAUUGACAAAAAUGUGUGCGUUAAUCUCUGAGAUGUUUUGACAACAUGAGAACAGUCUUACAGAAAGUAGAUUUAAAACCAAAAACCAAUUCUUCUAAACAACURCAAAACGUAGCCUUGUCAGUAACCACUAAAGAUGAUGUAUAGUUAUGAGUAUAAAGUUGUCGUUGUAAUGAUUUUUAAUAUCACCUUUGUCUUUCUAUAGCACUAUAUGCUACUGUUUGUACAUAUAAACUAAGAAAAUUACUAUAUUUAUGAAGUCAAAGUAUUUAAGAUAUAUUUUGCAUUUCGAGUACCUUAAUAUGCAUCUAAUUUAAAUAUUGUGACACAGUUUGUAACUAGAAGAUAAAGAGUUUUAUUACAUAACUGUUAUAGUGUCAUCUGCAGUUGUAUUUGAAUGUCAAGUCGUUGAGAAUGGCACUGUUAAAAAACACCUUAACAUAUAACAUUCAAUAGUUGUUAUAAGAGAUAAACAAUAAUGAAUCUUUUAUUGCCAUAUAUAGUGAUCCAGCAUAAAAACCUUCAAGGUUUUCCUUAAAACCAAAAAAAAAUAUUUGGAUAAUAACUAAAAAUUAUAAUAUUUCAAUAAAAUCAUUGCAUGAAGGCAAUUCUUAUACUAAAAAUUAAAUUUCCUUAUAUAUUAAUAUAAUAUUAAUGCU